UGUCAGACUUGAAAUCCGAGGGAGAGGAGCGAGCCGCCAUUUUCUAUGUGACGCGCUCCCUAAAACGGCAACAAUAAAAACGGAUUAACGGGGAAUAUACAUAAAUAAUUGUCGAUAAAAGGUGUUGGGAAAUAUGACAAGACCAAUUCGAAUUGAAUACGAAUACAACCGCCUUUGAAAUAAACUAGAUUGAGCAUCAAUAAUUGCACAGAGAGAAGAGAGCAAGCUGACUCGGUUCCUCAGCUACUCGUUGUUUCGCCCAUUUCGUGAUUCCGGGAGUAACACGGGGUUACCGAAUUUGGAGCACACGAGACGGAUUUUGUGAAGAGGCAUUCUCGAAUUAUUUGUUUUUCCACAUAUUUUGUUCCCUUUAUGAAAUUACUAUCAAAGUGCGGGAUUUGUUUCUAAAAAUUUCACCGGACUCGGCUCCUCAUCACGUGGCUGUCCUCUGGCGAGGCGGUAGGUGGGUGGUGUGGAGCUGGCCUCGGCACCGGGAGAGGCCCCCUCGCCCGCCCCCUCCCUGUGCUGCAUGGCUGCGAUGGCGCCCGCCCUAACCGACGCGCCUGCCGAAGCUCACCGCAUCCGCUUCAAACUGGCUCCGCCCUCCUCCAACCUCUCCCCGAGCGGCGUGGAGAGCAGCGGAGGCACCAGUCACAUCCUCGUCUCCAGCAACGGCGCAGUCAAGCGCAAGGCCUCCGAAGAGCGCGGUCCCCACGGGGGGUCCAUCACAGGUAAGGGGAGGGAGGAGGCUCCUUCCACACCUCUUGGGAAACUACAGCCGCUGGUGACGUCGUACCUGUGCUCGGACGUGACGUCCGUUCCUUCUACCAAGGAGUCACUGAAGCUGCAAGGCGUCCUGCUGCAGAAACACGGCCUUCUGCCCAGCUUCCUGCCCAGGAAACACAAGACACUGGAGCUCUCAGAGGAGCAGCUCAAGAGCAUCAUGAGUAACAGCAGAGGAGGUGGUCCCCCUGCCCUGUCAAGCCCGCCGCCACCGGUCAAUGGCGUGGCCAAGAAGUUGGCCAAAAACGGGCCGGACCGGGACAGUAUGACAGCGGUCAAUGGAGGUAAUAACAGGCCUCCUGCUGGACAUGGACUGGACUCCCCGGUGCUCCAGCCCCAACCCCACACGGCUGCCUCUAGAGGAAACUCUCCUCUCAACGGGGGAGUGGAACACCAGCAGCCCACAGGACUUUCCCACAACCCUGCCGGAAACCCUGAACAGCCAGCACCCCCCGCAGCCUCCACCAACACCCCAAUGGACUGCCCGGACAGCAAACCCUCCGAACGGCCACCGUCGCUGGCCACGGACACAUCAUCCCUUUCCCCAACGGACCAACAGACCUCCCUGGGCCUGGGCAGCCUUGGAAUGGACGUUAAGGAGCGGACUCAGCAGAGCCAGAGCCGGCAGGGUGAGAUCGAGGGGCGUCUGAGGCGCCUGAGGAAGCGCCUCCAGGUGGUUCAGGCCAAGCAGGUGGAGCACCACAUCCAGCAGCAGCUGGGAGGGCUCCUGGAGAGCACGCUUGGGCCUCUGGAUGCCCUCCGACCUGGCGGGAGACGAGGAGGCCAGGACGCCCCCCUCACCCCGCAGGAGAGGGAGGGGCUUGGGCGAUUCUUGAAGGAUGGCUCUGUACCGGCGGAGCUGGAGCGCCUGUCCCUCAGCGGAACCACCAACCUGAGGUCCACGGAGAGCGCCUUCGACUCAGACGCCACGGAGAGCAGCUCCGGAGGAGAGACGGACGUGGAGGAGGACGAGCUCACCAGGGUGGACAUUGAGCAGCGACACAUCUCUCUAUGGAGACGUGCGGAGGGGCGCUAUGCGGUGGAUAGGGCCUCUAUAGUCAGCCACUGGAACUGGCUGCAGGCCCACGUGUCCGACCUGGAGUAUCGAAUCCGCCAGCAGACCGACAUCUACCGCCAGCUCCGCUCCAACAAGGGUUCCAUAACGCUGGCAGAGACCUCCCUCUUUGACGUGUCACCCGAGGAUGGGGAGGUGAAGGCGGAGCCUGUUGGUUGCCCGGUAAUACAGGAGUGCGGCUCAGACGGUGGGGCGGAGGGUCCCGGAUCGGUCUCCGUGGAAACAGGCCUGAGGAAAGGAUGCGCGUCCGGGAGACAGGUUAACGGGAUCAUCAACAGCCUGCGGCCUGCUUCUCCAGAGUGUUCUGACCUGGAGGAGCAGCUGAGGAAGCAGAAGCAGAAGCAGCCCUCGUCCCGGCCCCAGUUACUGUGCUCCGCUCAGGAUGACACGUGUGUGGCGGCCCGCACACGCCCCCUCCUCAGCUGCAAGAGACGACGCCUCGUCAGGCCCAGCGCCGUCACCAACCUCAACCGCAAGGGCCAGAGGAUGGGCGUCCCGGGUCCUCGCUGUGGCUGCGAGGUCAACCCCCAGUGUAUGACGUGUGGCGGCCGCACCCCCUCCUCCGCCGACGUCCAGUAUGAGCGCCCUCUACUGGAGAGGCUGUCCCAGUUCGACCCCUGCGUGCACCCCAUCCUCUCCCUCACAGACGACGUGACAAUGAGUCUGCACCUGCAGCGCGUCCUCAAGUCCCACUGGAACAGCCGGCCCCUGGAGAAGAUGAAACCCCUGAAGAAGCUCUCCCUGAAACACAAGCUCUCCACGGGACGCCUCCAUGACCCCUCCGCCUCCUUCACCUCCAAAGACAAACACAAGAUGACCAACUCCCUCCUCUCCACAGUCCGCCUGUCUCAUCACAAGGUGCGUUCAGAGAAGCUACACAGGCAACAGCUGGAGAGCCGCCCCCACUACCGAGGGGAGCGGGGCCACGGGCCCUACGACAAGAGCCACGCACGCAAGAGGCCCCGAGAACACUCACUGUCACUGGACAGGAUGGACAACACCCCUAAGCUGUACCUGGAUGGGGGCAGUCUGUGCCCGUCCCUAUCUGCUGGGCUCCACACCCCCACCCACAGCUCCCUGCUCCGACAGCUGUCAGCCUCCUCAGAGACCUGCUCCAUGCCCUUCACCCCCUUCAACAGCAGCCUGAGGGACAACAGCACCCCGCAUCAGCCCAUCCGCAGGAGGAGGGGAGAGAGCUCCUUUGACAUCAACAACAUCGUCAUCCCCAUGUCUGUGGCUGCCACCACCCGCGUGGAGAAACUGCAGUACAAAGAGAUCCUCACCCCCAGUUGGAAGGAGGUUGACAUUUGUGCUAAGCCAAUCGCUGAGGAGGCUGACAUUGAGGAGGUUGAGGACCUGACAGACAAUGCGUUCUCCCAGCUGCACCAGCCCUGCGAGGACCAGGAGCGUUCCCGCUGGAGUUGGACGGCCAGCGCCAUCGCCAAGAGGAGAGGCAGCCGUUCGUAUGUCAGUGGACGGUCGGACGGUCGCACCACUCCCCUGCUGGGCGGCACCAACCCCUCCACGCCGCAGCCCUCCUCCCCAGACACAGCCCACUUCCACGCCCUGCAGGACUACGGCAACGCCUGCUCCCCAGCCAGCCCCGACCUGCUGUCCUACCCGUACACCCCAGGGUGUUACACAGCGGGAGGGUACUCCUACACCCCUAUAGGCUCCAGGGACUCCCACCGCCUGCUCUCCAACGAAGACACGCGCUGCUCCACGCCUGACGGCACCUACGAAGAACUGGUUCCCAUCCCAGUACACCCGUGGGACCGGAGGAGCUUCCCCCUGGAGAGCGACCCGCCGCCGGAGCCCGAGGAGCAGCCAGGGAACGCAGAGGAGCGCCCCUACAGAACCAUGCGCCACAUCUCCGGCUGCAAGACGGGCUCGUCAAGGUCCGAGUCCGACACCGGGGGUCCCCCCUCGCCCCUCCUUUCCCCUGACGAUAGUAGCAAGCAGAAAACCCCCUCCGCCACCACUACUCUCACCAGACCCUCCCACCGAUGAACGAAGGCUCUCACCGCAUAAAGGACUCGCUACUUUUUCCUUUCACAAGACUCAAAACAAGAACUACAUCAACAAUGGAAUAAUGGACUCCUGUUGUUUGAUAUUCAAACAUCAGUCAAAUUCUUUCACAGUUUUUAGUGAACAUAGACAGAGACCCCCAUCAGAAAUCAGUUUUGUUCUUUCUUUUCUUGGUCACUGAAAUGAAAAAAUAUAUAAAAGUGAAGGGAAAAGGGAGAGAAAUUAGACUGAAAGCUGAAUUUGUGAUGAGCAGGGCAAUAGUUGCUUCCUGUUUCUGGGCCAAUGGGCUGAGGGCUAAGCAAGGGCAAUAGUUGCUUCCUGUUUCUGGGCCAAUGGGCUGAGGGCUAAGCAGCCACUCAGGCAGUGUGUGUACCUUUCUAUCCCCCACCCCAUGUCAGUUGAAAAUGGAGUGAGUAAAACAAAAAACAGCAAUGCCUUGUUGUCAUAGCUUGUAUUUGUUGUGUCCCCUUGAAUCAACCUAAUAAUAUUUGUCCCUCCCCAGAGAAUUGGAGUGAACCUGAAAUGAUCCAGUAAGCACUUGUUUUACAGAGCUGUAGCAGUAAUCUGAGUUGCCGUUUUCCUUGAUGUCUGUCUGCUUUUCUUUCCUCUCUGUUUGUCUGCAUUGGUAUAGUUGUUUUAUACAGAUAGGUUUAAUAAGAUAUUUCCUUUCAACCCCGUCACAUAGUCUGAUAGAACAAGUGGUUGUGGGCGGUGUAUGAAAUAAGUUUAGCACAUCAAGUGACACCACCCUCAAUAUGGGAUUACAUAUACACUCGUUUCAAUAAAUCAUUCAAACCAAAGUGAAACAAAUAAAUAAUAAUGUGGAUAUGUUAACUAAUAUAACGACAGAAAAAAACGCAUUACCUCUACUACAUAGGAAUUCUCCUGUAGAAAUGGAGGGAGUUGAUACGAGUGUCUUUCUUCAACUGUGUGCAUGUUGGAUUUCUGUCUUCAUUUUCUUUGUGGUGUGCGUGCUGUUAUUGGUUUGGAUAAUGUGCAAGAAAUCACUAAAGCGUGCAGUCAGGUUCCAAUUACAAAGAAAGCUCCUCUGUUUUUGAAUGUAGUAUUUUGGCUUUAUCUUGGAUCAAGGCCCUUCAAUAUUUGCUCCACUUAAAAUGUCUGUACCCUAGCUAUUGACAUGGGUUGGCCUAGUUCACAUCCGAUGCACUGUUUCCAGCUUGUAAUGCAUAAUUGCCAUGUCACUUGGUAUAGUAAAAGAAAACAUGAGGGAAAAAUAUGUAAAUGUACCUAAUUCGGUCCUGUGUCACUAUCUGUUAUUUGAACUGGACAAGGCAGAUAAUGUCAAUGUACCUGUUGGAUUGUUAAUGCAGUUCCACUAUUGGAUUAAAAUCACUCAUGCUCUGUCUUAUUGGGGGUUCAAAUGUCAUGUUGGUUAAGUCAAAUGCUUUUCAUGUAACAAUACAAAACUCCCCAAGUGUGAGUUGUGUUCAUUAGAGCAGACAAACUGAAAAUGUUCUGAAACAUUAUUUAAUGGUUAACGAAAAUGAGCGUUUCUUAUUGGAUAAGUCCAGGUAGUCCCUGCCUGUUAUAUUCCGUUUGGUGCCUACUGAACACGGCCCAGAUCUGCCCAGUCAGCUGCCCUAGUUCCCAGCACCUCCUGCUUUGUCCCUCCCUGCACAUGAAGUGGAGCAUUGUAUGGAAAGCCUCUAGACUAAUCUCUCCAUCUAAAAAGGCUUUUUAUGUUUAAUUCACUUGAAGUCAGAAGGCUGUGGUCAUCACACACACACGAGGCUAUGUAGGGCUUUAUCAGUUUGACUAGGGCUUUAUCAGUUUGACCAUGCCCAUCUCACCAACCCUCCUGCCCACCUGGCCCUUUCUAUUUGGUCACUUUGUAAGUCUGAUUCAUGCUCUGCCCCAGCAGUCAAAACCACCUGUUAGUUAGCCAAUCGUAAGCCUGCAUCAACCUGUGCCCCAACCAAUGCCCUGCUCUUGUUCAAAUUACCGCUAGUUUGGAAUCAUGUCAUGAGACGUGUCUCACAAGAAAAAAAUAUAAUGUGCGAGAAAGAAAAUCCUUCAGAUCACUGUUCAGUUGAGCCUUUAUUUUUUUGUCUCCACCCUCUUCCCUGAUUCUGCUGUCUAAUUGCGAGGAGGUAACGUGAGGCCUUCACUGGUGAAUCCUUUGAAUCAUUCUCCCACAGGAGUCUGUCUGUCCACUAGUCCCCUUGGUAGGUCCAGACAGACGACUCAAUUUCUAGGGACCAUCGAUGCCUGUCCUUGUCCCCUUCCUUCUCCUCACAGAAAUCCCCCCCGUCAUGAAUCAUGAUCAACUAUGGCUUUCUGUCUGCGAGUGCGGAUCGAUGUACAAUAGGGUUUGACUAGCGUUGAAAAGCCGAUUUAUUGUAUUUUACAUUUAUUGUCUGGGCUAUUUUCAUACUUAGAAUUUCCAAAGUGGUGAAUGGGGGUGUCAUCCUUUAGCAUGUAAUAGUUUGUACAAAAAAAAAAAAAGUAUAUUUUGUAAAUAACUUAACUGUGUUUGAUGUUCAGGCUGUAGCUGUCCUGAUUGUAUAGGGAGAAGACACGACAAGUACAUAAUAUUGAACACUUUUUCUUUAUGCAGAGGCAAAAAAAAAGAGUUUAUGGAUGAUUGACGAAUCCGACGGGCAGGCAGCGUUUGUGCUUCUCAAAAUAAAAGUGAAUUAUAUUGUA